AUGAUAGCUUGUACCACUGGGCCCGGCUUCAUCCCCUCCUUUUGUGGUGGUGCUGGAGAUGUAACCCAAGGCCUCCCACAUGCUCAGCCCUGCUGUCCCUCUGACCCACACUGCAGCCCUGCCCGCCCUUUCUGGCUGAACCUUACAGUGCUCUUCGCCCUACCCACUGGUUGGCUGGGAGACGCUGGGCUUCGUUUCCGCCUCUUGGACGCAGUGACCCCUGCUGGCACGGAAGUGCGCGGACCUGCAUCUGUCACAAGCCUGUCUCUCAGGCUCCUGCUCACGCCCAGCGAACUCCAAGGUGGUGGUCCCAGCCCUGGAGGGACACGGGAGGGUUGUAGAGCGGCCCCUCGGGAUCGCCCAGAGCUGGGUCCGCCAGACCAACGUGCCCAUGCACCCUUCCCUCUGCCCCCAGCCCCCGGCCGCCGGGGCCCAGCGGCGCUGGUCUCCGAGGUCUUCGAGCAACACCUGGGAGGACACAUCCUGCAGUCCCUGGAUGGCUUCGUUUUCGCCUUGAACCAGGAAGGAAAAUUCCUGUACAUCUCCGAAACGGUCUCCAUCUACCUGGGUCUCUCACAGGUGGAGCUGACGGGCAGCAGCGUCUUCGACUACAUCCACCCCGGGGACCACUCUGAGGUGCUGGAACAACUGGGGCUGCGGGCCCGGACUCCGGCCCCCCCCACCCCGCCCUCCAUCUCGUCCUCUUCCUCCUCUUCCUCUUCGCUGGCAGAUAUCCCUGAGAUCGACGCCAGCCCUGCCGAGGCGCGCCCUUCCGCCCGGGUCCAAGAGCGCUCCUUCUUCGUCCGCAUGAAAUCCACACUCACCAAGAGGGGGCUGCAGGUCAAGGCCUCCGGGUACAAGGUCAUCCAUGUGACAGGGCGCCUGCGGGCCCGUGCCCUAGGCCUUGUGGCCCUGGGCCACGCACUGCCCCCAGCCCCUCUGACAGAGCUGCCUCUACACGGACACAUGAUCGUCUUCCGCCUCAGCCUGGGUCUCACCAUCCUUGCUUGUGAGAGCAGAGUCAGCGACCACAUGGACCUGGGGCCCUCAGAGCUGGUGGGCCGAAGCUGCUAUCAGUUCGUCCACGGACAGGAUGCCACCAGGAUCCGCCAAAGCCACUUGGACCUGCUGGACAAGGGCCAGGUGAUGACCGGUUACUACCGCUGGCUGCAGCGCACAGGCGGCUUCGUGUGGCUGCAAUCUGUGGCCACUUUGGCCGGGAGCGGGAAGAGCCCCGGGGAGCACCACGUGCUCUGGGUCAGCCAUGUGCUCAGCCACGCUGAGGAUGGCCAGACCCCUCUGGACACUUUCCAGCUUCCACCCCGUGCAGCCUGUGAGGGGGCAUCCAGCUCAGGGCCCGAGCCCACUGAGAGGGGCCCGCCGGCAGAAGGGAAGCAGGCGGCGCCCCCAGACCAGGAAGACGAGCCCCAGGCCCGGGGCACACGCAUCAAAGUGGAGCCGCGGGCACGGGAAGCCAGCGGCUCUGAGCACAGCAGAGGCGAGGAAGCGGCCCAGCAGCCCCGAGCGCGACGCUCACAGAGGGGCCAUCAGCCUGGGCAGGAAGGCAAGGGGACAAACCCGUGGGCCGAGGAUGGCCAGGAUAGUGCCAAGGCUGCUGGCACCAGAAGCCGUCAGGGUCUCAAAGCGUUGGGGGUGGGGUCCAGGGCCCAGGGCCCUCAUCUGUGA